GUAAGUGUGGCUUGUCUCCCUUUUCCUUUGCCAUGGGGAAGAAGAAGACGACGAGGACUCCUGCGCAUUCUCCUCCUCCCACUACGGUGAGGAAGGAGAAGAAGAAGAAGAGUACCAGACUUGUUGUAGAUGAUGAAACGGAUUGUGUGAACACUGUGGAUGCUGGGAUUGAACUUUCUGAUGAGGAAAAGGGUGAACCCUCGGUUCAGUCCUCUUUUGAUACCUCAAUUGAUGAAGAUGAAGUUGCCAGGACUCUCCAAAUCUCUUUGGAGCAGAACCUGGAAGCCAUCCUCUCUGAUGAUAUAGAUAACACCUUGGCCAAUGAACAACCUCUGAACAAGGAGACACCUCCUGAUAAUGUUGCUGAUACUCCUCUGGAACAACCUAUCAGCAACGAGGAGAAAGAGAAGGAAAAAGAACCUCCUGAUGCUGGAAAGAGUGGAGACAAACUGAAGGAAGAUAAAGUGGAUAAACCGGCUGAUGCAAAGAAAUCUUUUGCCUCCUUCUUCAAGAAAAAUAGGGCAGAAGAUAAAGGAAUGAAGCUUCACAAGGUUGUAGGCCCUAAAUGCUUUAUACCUGAAGAAGACAUGCUGACUGUGGAAGAAAUUUGGGGACCUUGCCUGGUGGGUUGCUUCACUGGUAGAUUCCCUGGGUUGAUAGCCAUCCAAAAACUGGUUGACAGUUGGGGAGUCAAGUGCAAGUUUCUGCCCCACCACCAAGGAUGGGUUGUCUUCAAAUUUCUUACCAAUGAGGAUAGGGAUUCUGCUCUCUUACAUGCCAAGAAGGAACUCAAUAAUAAGAAAUUGCUCAUUAACAUCCCCCCUGAUGACUUUAUGUGGGAUGUUAAGUCCUUUUCAACUAUGCCUGUUUGGGUUAAGCUGUGGAAUGUCCCCAUGAGGUUCUGGUCCUCAAAUGCCCUAUCACACAUAGGGUCUCAACUUGGCACUCCCUUGUACACUGAUGGCCUCACUCACACAGUGGCUUCCAAGUUGAGUGCUGAGGAUCAGGAAGAGAAUGAUGAGCUUAAAUAUCAGAAGCCUAAUUACUGCAGAAUGUUGAUUAACAUGGACCUAUCCCUCACACCUCCCACUUCUGUUGAGGUGGAUUUUGUUGGGGGUAGCUAUGUUCAAAAGGUUGAGUAUGAGGACAUGCCUCAAUACUGCUACCACUGUAAGUGUUUUGGCCAUGACCCCUUUAAAUGCUCAGUUCUUCAUGAGAUUAACAAGAGAAAAUUCAAUGAAGAACAAAAAGCAAGAGAGAGGGCUAGGGUUGAAACCCUCAAAACCAUAAUGCUUACAGAAGCACAACAACAACCACUGAAUGGGAAGGAAAAUGGGAAAGAGGAAGUGAACAACAUUGCUGGAAACAAAGGAAAAGGAAAGGAAAGUUCAGGUGGUGUGGCCCAAAACCCAAAUGAUCCUGGCCCAUCCUUUACUGCCCAUAUUGAGGAUGAUGGCUUCACACAAGUUGGAGGGGGCAAGGGCAAACUUACAACACACCCUAUCAGAGAUGGAAAGCAGAGGACUGGAUACAACAAAGGGGGAGGUGAUUUCAGUGGCCCUUGGGCUGUUAUGGGGGAUUUCAAUGCAGUUAUCAGCUCUACUGAAAGAGUGAACUGCCAAACCCAAAGUGCCUAUUACAUGACAGAUCUCAGACAGUUCAGAAUCAACAAUGCCUUGAAUGAUGCUAACUCAUCAGGGCUGGAAUUUACUUGGAACAAAGGUGAAAAAUGGGCCAAACUAGACAGAGUUCUGGUCAAUGAUGAAUGGGAAAAUAUGCAUUGGGACUGCUGGGCUGAAUUUAGAGACAUGGAGGCAAUCUCUGACCACUGCCCAGGAGAAUUGGAACCAGUGGGUCAAUGGAACAAGGCAGUACAGAUUAUGUGUCAAACUCAAAAAACUGAAUCUGCCAGAAAGGAGUAUAGCCAUCUCAUGCAGGAACUGAUCUUGGAACCUGAGAAUCCUUCCCUUCUGUCCAGAAGUGUUGAAAUCAGAAACAAAGCCAGUUUUUUCAUGGAUGCUGAAAGAUCUUUCUUCCAACAGAAGACCAAGUGUGAACUACUCUUUGAGGGGGACAAAUGCACCAAAUUUUUCCAUGCCCUGAUGAGGAAAAAGAAUCAUAGCAGUGCCAUCCCCUUCAUUCUUACAGCUGAUCAGAGACUCACCACCAGUUUGGAGGAGGUUGAAAAGGAAUUUACUGAGUACUUUACCAAUCUUUUUGGAACCACUGUCCCCAUUGAACCUGUUGAUUGGAAUGUUUUUGAAGAGGGCCCUCUCAUCCCCAACCAUGCAGCUAACAACCUCAUCAGAAAGGUGACUAUUGAAGAGAUAACACACAUUGCUUUUGCUGAUGACAUCAUGAUGUUCUCCAGAGGGGACAAAGAUUCUGUCCAGAUCCUUGCUGAUGCCUUGAAGCACUUUUCCUCUGUCUCAGGCCUCCAUGUCAAUGCACAGAAAUCAAAUAUCUACCUGGCAGGGCAAAUCAAGGGGAAUAAGCAGCAUAUCCUCAACUUGGUGAAUUUCCCUGAAGGACUUUUACCAGUUAAAUACCUGGGACUGCCACUCACUUCACAAAGGGCAUCAGAGAGGGACUUUGCACCACUGAUUGAAACUGUUGAUGAUAAUAUAAGAAGAUGGAACACAAAAACUUUGACCAUUGCUGGAAGAGCUGAACUUAUUAGGAGUGUUAUCCAAGGGAUAGAAGGUUUUUGGCUUCAAGCUUUCCCCAUCCAUAAAUCUGUCCUUAACAGAAUAACCUCCAUUUGCAGAACAUUCCUUUGGGGAAACAAAUUCUACAAAGUGGCUUCGGAUGAUAUUUGCAAACCAAAGGAGGAAGGGGGACUUGGGCUUAAGAACUCAGAAGUCUGGAAUCAAGCACUUAUGGCUAAAAACCUUUGGAACAUUGCUUCAAGGAAAGAAACCCUCUGGGUUCAAGGGGUUCACAGUGUCUACCUCCAGGACAGAGAUAUUUGGGCCUGGAUCCCUAAACAUGGGGAUUCACACUUCUUCAAAAAACUUGCAGAAGUGAGAAACAAUCUGGCCCAGAAGCUUGGUACUGAUCAGUAUCAAGAAGUGGAUUGGGAUGAACUCCUUGUAGAUGGAGAAUUCUGCACAGCAAAGGUGUAUGAUUUAUUGAGAGUUCAUUUGCCUCCCAAACCCUGCAUGAAAAUGAUUUGGCAAAGCUACAUUCCACCCAGAUUCUCUGUUACAACCUGGCUUGCCAUCAGAAGGAGGUUAUCAACCAAGGUGAAUCUGGGAUUCAUCCCCAUGGAGAAUAGGAAUUGUAGCCUCUGUGGACAAGAACUUGAGACCACUGAUCACCUUUUCUUUGCUUGCACUGCUUCCCAUCAGAUUUGGAAGAAUAUGAAAGAUUGGCUCAAAAUUCCUUAUGCACUCUCAACUAUUGAAAGAGUCAUCAAAUGGCUCCUUGGAAGGCAUAAAGUUCAUGGUAACCUAAGAAACAUUUGGAGAUUAGCAGCAAUGAGUACCAUACACCAUAUGUGGAAGAUGAGAAAUGCUGUCUAUUUUGAGGGUAAGAGUGUGGACUGUGAUGCAAUUACUUGGAAAAUUAAGGUGGGGAUCUAUAAGAUUUGCUACAGGCUCUAUCCCAAUAUUGCACU